AUGUGGCCGACACGGACGAGUAUCCUGCUGUGUGUCGUGAUGUUGUUGUCGAAUGCACGUGGGGAACACAGAACCGCCUGGCAGGCUCUGCGUAGCAGGUCUGUGCGUCCGCAGCCCGUGCCAUUGCUUGCGCCACCACCGUCGGCACCAUUCCGAUUCUCGUCUGGCGCAAAGUCGAGUACGAUUCUCUGUGCUAAGAAACCAAACACAAAAGCCAAGCCGUCCGUUGCACCUCUCCAAUCGUUGUCGCGGAAAAAUCGCAUUCAAAGCGUAUUGGAUUGGGCACAAAGAGCGGACGUUCAAGUAAGCAAGGAAAUAGCGUUGGAUUCUCGAGUGGCCGAGUACGGGCUCGGCUGGUACGCCUCCACCAAUAUUCCCACCAAUCAAGUUUUGCUGAGUGUGCCCUCCAAUCGAGCCUUGACAGUGGAAAUUCCCGGUGAGGGACCGGACGAUCGCUCCGUUCUGGACUUGGUGGCGAGCUCGGACAGUGGCAGCAAGACAGAGGUACGGGCCUUGCCCUGGUUUGUGCAAAUGAGUCUGUACAUCUAUAAAUUGGACCAAGUCGAUGCGGACAAAGAAGGUGUUGAUAUGCGCCCCUGGUUGGAUUCGCUACCGAGGUCUUUUGAUACCGUCAUACAUUGGUCCGAGGCAAAUCGGCAAGAGUUACAGUACGAUUCUAUGGUAACUGCCGUGGCCAGUCAAGAACAAGAUUGGAAACGGUACUACCAAUCGCUCUUGCAAGCUGGAGCCUCAUCGUCGUCCUUGACAUGGGAGCAGUUCCUGUGGGGUUGUGAGAUUGCUCGAUCACGAGCCUUCUCCGGAGGAUUUACAGGAUCCGCCUUCAAUCCAGGAGUAUACGCCUUUACGCUCUUGCUCGUCACAAUCUAUGUGGGUCUGGGUGUGGGUAGCCUCGAACAAGCAGCCAACGGAGCUGGUGUGGUCUUUUCCGCAAGUAUACUCAAGGACUUUGUGUUGCCCAAACUCUUCAAAAAGAGGCGAUACGUAAUUUGUCCCAUGAUUGAUAUGGCCAACCACCAGUCGGUUAAAUUUGCUGGCCAAGUCUCCUUUGAGUACUUUGCUAAUGCUUACAGUUUAGCCACGGAUCAAGCUAUUCCGUCCGGUGACGAAGUUUACAUUUCCUACGGGCCGCGAUCCAACGAUCAGCUAUUGCAGUACUACGGAUUUGUUGAGCGCAACAAUCCAAACGAUGUGUAUGUCAUGCCACCUCUACGAGAGUGGGAUAUUGAAGCCUUGGAACGGGCCACGGAUCGCAAGUUUGCGGUGGGACGGUUGGAAAAACUCAAUCGUGCCGGAUUGUUGGGGAGUGCAACGACGGUACUUUCAGACAAAAAGUACGACGAGACGGAGGUUGCCAACGCCAAUGGGGGCGUUGUGAUAACGCGCGUGUUGGGCCUAGACCCGGCCAUUCUUCAAGCCUUGCGAGCACUCGUGUCGACAGAGGACGAAUGGAAUGCCGCGGGCCAAGCAGUCGGCAGUUUUGCGGAAGAAGGGUCGGGCGGAGCCGCCAACGAGGCAGCCGCUCGGCUAGCGGCGCGAACGGCGGUCGGAAUGGAGCUCCAAUCAAAAGAGACCACCCUGCAAGAAGAUGAAGCCCUACUCCAACGAAUGGACACUGUGAAAAGUAUGGAUGCUAGCAGGGAAGAGAAAUUGGCGGUCCAAUUUCGGAUCGAAAAGAAAAAGUUGUUGUCCGAAACGCUGGACAAGUUGUCAGUAAGGUAA